AUGGCGGCACCCACGGCGGGCCAUUCAGUCAACGUGAACGACCCUACGCUCAUCGCUCUCGUCAACAAGCUACAAGAUGUCUUUACAACCGUCGGGGUCCAAAACCCCAUAGACUUGCCCCAGAUUGUCGUGGUGGGAUCCCAAUCGAGCGGGAAAAGUUCAGUUCUCGAAAACAUCGUCGGCAGAGACUUUCUACCUCGAGGCUCCGGUAUCGUCACUCGACGUCCCCUUGUCCUUCAACUCAUAAACAGACCAUCCCCCGCAAAGCUACAGUCAAAUGGAGUCAGCGAGAAGGAAAUGAAGGAGAUGAGCGAUAGCCAGGCAAACGUCGACGAAUGGGGAGAAUUCCUGCAUCUGCCUGGGCAGAAGUUUCAUGAUUUUAAUAAGAUCCGCGAUGAAAUUGUCAAGGAAACAGAAGCCAAGGCCGGUCGAAACGUGGGAAUCUCGCCAGCACCCAUCAAUCUGCGUAUAUAUUCUCCCAAUGUUCUCACUCUGACCCUGGUCGACUUGCCCGGUCUGACCAAAGUCCCCGUCGGAGAUCAACCGCGCGACAUCGAGCGGCAGAUUCGAGAAAUGGUGAUCAAAUACAUCUCCAAACCAAACGCCAUCAUUCUGGCCGUCACAGCUGCCAACCAGGAUUUGGCCAAUUCGGACGGCUUGAAAUUGGCUCGUGAGGUGGACCCGGAAGGUCAGAGAACCAUCGGCGUUCUGACCAAGAUUGAUUUGAUGGACGCCGGGACUGACGUUGUCGACAUCCUCGCGGGGCGAGUCAUCCCACUCAGAUUAGGCUACGUGCCCGUGGUCAAUCGAGGCCAGCGCGACAUUGAAAACAAGAAGCGGAUAGACUUGGCUUUGAAGGCAGAGAAGGAGUUCUUCGAGAACCAUCCCUCGUACCGAAACAAGGCCGCCUACUGUGGAACGCCCUACCUGGCUCGGAAGCUCAACCUGAUUUUGAUGAUGCACAUCAAACAAACGUUGCCGGAUAUCAAGACCCGAAUUGCCUCUUCCCUGCAGAAGUACUCGCAAGAGUUGGAGCAGCUAGGUGCUGGCGACUUCGUCGGCAACAACAGCUCAAACAUCGUCCUCAACAUCAUCACCGAGUUUGCGAAUGAAUACAGAACUGUUCUGGACGGAAAUAGUUCGGAAUUGUCGAGCAAUGAGCUCUCUGGCGGUGCCAGAAUCUCGUUCGUGUAUCAUGAACUCUAUUCAAAUGGUAUCAAGGCCAUCGACCCCUUCGAUCAAGUCAAAGACAUCGACAUUCGUACCAUCCUUUACAACUCCUCCGGCUCUCAGCCGGCCCUCUUUGUUGGCACUACGGCUUUCGAGCUCAUCGUGAAGCAGCAAAUCCGGCGACUGGAGGACCCAUCUUUGAAAUGUGUCUCUCUGGUUUAUGACGAGCUUGUUCGGAUCCUCACUCAGCUGCUCCAGAAGCAGAUUUUCCGCAGAUAUCCUCAGCUGAAGGAGAGAUUUCACAGCGUUGUUAUAUCUUUCUUUCGCAAAUCAAUAGACCCAACAAACAAAUUGGUCAAAGAUCUGGUGGCGAUGGAAGCUUGCUAUAUCAACACGGGCCAUCCGGAUUUCCUCAAUGGCCACCGUGCAAUGGCCAUCGUGAAUGACAGGCAUAACGCCAGCAAACCAACUCAAGUGGAUCCUAAGACUGGCAAGCCUCUUCCGCCUUCCGUGCCACCUAGAGCAGGCUCGCCAGGUCUUCCUGUCGAUGGUACUGACCAGAACUCCGGCUUCUUCGGCUCCUUCUUUGCUAGUAAGAACAAGAAGAAGAUGGCAGCCAUGGAACCGCCGCCUGCCACCCUCAAAGCCAGCGGCACACUUUCGGAACGCGAGAAUCAAGAAGUGGAGGUGAUCAAACUACUGAUCAACAGCUACUUCAACAUUGUCCGGAGAACGAUGAUCGACAUGGUCCCAAAAGCCAUCAUGCUAAACUUAGUACAGCACACGAAAGAAGAGAUGCAGCGAGAAUUACUUGAACAGAUGUACAGAACACAAGAACUCGAUGAGCUGCUCAAGGAGAGUGACUACACCGUCAGACGGCGAAAAGAAUGUCUACAAAUGGUGGAGUCUCUGAGCAAAGCCAGCGAGAUCGUCAGCCAGGUGCAGUAG